CCUUGUGAAUUUUUUUUUUUUUUUUUUGCUUGUUCUGAUUUUCACUGCCUUGUACACAGAAAUUAACCAGAUUGUCUCCAAGUCAUUUAAAAUAUCUGUCACCUCCACUUGUAACAUGGAUUGGUCGUUUAGCAUAUUCAGAGCUAUUGUAUACUGCCUAGAAAAACAAAACUUCCAUGGUUACUUGGCAACAGGGGUUUCUGUUGGUCUAAGUAGGGCUUUGUAUCCUAAACAAGUUGAAACACUUUAUUAAAAGUACUCUUCCAUCUUCACCUAUAUUGUGGAGGGCCCACGGGGCCCUCCAAGUCACUUUUCCUGGUUAACUGGGGGCCCCUAAACCUCAUGCCCCGAAAUGGAUGUUUGUGGUGGUGGUGAAAUACCAGCGUAUGGGGCUAGCAGAAGCAAUCCCCUGUCUAAAUGGAUAAAAUUAGUGUGAGCCGUACAACGGAGCCUUGCUGGUGACAGCGGUUUUGUUGCAUUCCUCUUCUCAUUUUGUUUCACCUGAUCACGUGGUUCUGUAUAUCUCGUCAUGUUUGGCGCCCAUGUGGAAGGAACGGCGUUGUGACUGCUUCUGCGUCAGGCCCCGAACUCUGCUUUGAGGAACAGAGCAAUCCUUGUAUGACUGCUGUUCUUUGAACUGUUCCCAGAAUCGAUGCCUUUUCUGCAGCAGCGUCCUGGGGGGGGGGGUGGUGACAGUAGGCUUCCCCCAAAGUCACCGUUCUGUGCAUUCAGUGCAGCCCAUAAGCACCGAUCGUGAACUCCAAAACACGGGGACCGGAGUUGUCUCAUCUUCCCAGGUGUGGUUGCUCUUGCUGUGGAAUCUGGCCCUGAAGGAGAAAGCGGCGAAUGACCUGAUGCAUGAGUUCUGUCUCCAUGACAUUAGUGGUUAUCCUUCUUCAGAGAAGCGGUCGUGUCAGAACAAGGUUCUGGCAGUUGGAAGGUGUGUUGUGUUUCGCAAUCCUUACACAACACAGGUUGUACGGUGCAGGAAUGUCUGUCAAGGCCCGCAUCCAAUAAAUAUGUCGUUCGCUGGAGAUUUAUCCUUCAUGUGUCUGGGCAACAUGAGUAACCUUCAGGACUGCAACUUGUUUAGGCAUCGUUCUGAUUUAUCAUUAAUGGACGUAACUAAAAAGAUCUCCCAGCCGCCUAAUCAAAAGCUAGGAAGAGGUCUCCGUCUCAGUGAAGAUCCAUCAGGGGCAGUUAGGAAGUCUGAGCCUCUAUACCUGUGCUGUAUAUCCCCUGCGAUUAUCAGUGAUCCAAGUGUCUGCUGAUGGUAGAAACUGAGAUGAGCUAGAAGCUCUCUAUCCUCCAAGCUCUUUAAGGUGUCACCAGUGCAGAGGCAUAUUUCACCAGUUUGGCAUCAUGCGGCCUCCGUCCUCAGAUGGUGCAUAUGACAGCCAGGUGGCGCCAGGCUGGUUAUUAUUCUGAUCUAGUUAUAUCUUCAGUUGCCCACACCUGAUCCUCACAAUAGACUCUCUCACUGUGAGAGAGAGUAUCAAAUGAUAAUGGGGAGGAGUCAAACGCUUGUGGUGAAAAAUGUGUUUUUAUUUACAUUUACGUGUUAAAAUAUGUACACUAAUGUCCAUGUCGUCUGCUUCUCAUGUUUAUCGAUAAUUUUUGUUAAGGCUGUUGUAGGACAUAAGUACGGUGGGACGAUACGCAAUAGGAUGUGAGUUGCUGGUUGACUGCACUUCAGCUUCAUUGAAAUACAGUCAGAUAACCAGCGAAACGCCUAAAAACAUCAAACUACAGGUAAGAAGUCGCUAAGUUUUUAAGAGGCACUUGGGAAUGAACACUGUUGGUCCUGCUUGAUCCAGCAGACUUCCCACUUACGCAGGCUUUUAAUGGAGUCUGAGAAUCGGACCAACUGGGUCAGUGCGGUAGGGGAGUCUAGGGCGGUAUCCAGUGGGUCUGCUGUAACUCUGCCACCUCCCAGCUUUAUAUGAGGAAGCUUCUAUCCAGAAUGAUCCAGUAGUGAUGCAGAUUUUCUCCAUCCAUCCAUAUUUUAAGUGAGAUUCUGAUGCUGGUGUGAUUUUUACACAUGAGCAGCCAGUUCUCAGUACGAAACUGGUUCCUCUAUAUCUUCUUGCCAGAGGGCUGGUUAAAAGACAAUCCACUUACCGCUGCCGAUCCGCUGGCUGCCUUCUGGAGGCAGAUGCCACCACUCAGGCAUUACAGACAGACCAAGCCUGUCCUGGCUGAGACCUGGCAGUGAGACCUGACGUGAGCAUACAGGUCAUGUGAUUGUCUGCAAUCCUCCCGCCCCACCCCGUUCUGUUUCACAGAUGAGAGGAGAUACUGCGAUUUCUAGGAAAACUGUUAGUAUGUUCCUUAUUGAAAUGCUCAGUAUAUGGGAUCAUCUGUCAUUGUUCGUUUUGGCCGCUUAAUUUCACGGCUAUGAGAUGCUAUUUUUAAACCCAGCUGUCAGCCUGCCUGGUAUGUCAGAUCCUCAGAGUCAUGCUGUCACACAGCCCAGAGGGGCAGAGACUGGUGCCACCUCACCCACCCCGGGUUUGACAGGACCGGGGCAGCUGUUGUUUGUCCAGGCCGAACCCAAUGGCUUCUAGAGAACAAAUAAUCGACCCCUACCUAAGCGUGGUCUGCAGCAGUGUUUCUCCUGAGGUAUGGAAGGCUUGAAAAACGCUGAAGGGAGGUUGGCUCACAUUUCUUUAUCAUGGUUCCCCUUAUAACAGGUAGCCCAGUGACACAGGGAGAGGGUCAUAGCCAAAAGCGGCUGCACCAAAAGGUUUAUCCUGAAUUUAGUUUUCGCCAAUAUACCCAGCUGUAUAAAUUGGCCGCAGUGAAAUAUUUACCUAAAUCCUCCCCAAUGACCAGCUGACCCGAGUUGCUCAUACUGCAUACAAAAGUCCUAUGGUCAUUCAUUAAUCUGGUAGGUUGUCCUUUUCAUUGGGUUCAACAGGUCAUGUAGGCAAGUACAUCCACCAACAGGGUGUUUUCUAACUUUUUUAUUUACACAUAUGAUAUCUCAUCUUUGUUUCAUUAUAUUUCUCAAAAUAUUAGCUCUGCCAUUUCCGAGAUUAUGAUCAACCUAACCUACCUGUCUCCGUCCGAUUUACAAAUCCUAUAGUGUUUCUGUUGCUUUUUAAGCGUUUUGUUAUUUCCAUAAUUGUGUCCCGGCUCUUGACAACUUGAACUCGGCUUCUAAAGCAAACGAAGGAAGUUUAUUGUGCUGUUUUUCCCCCCCCUUGAUCGUAACCGGCGGCGCGGACGCAGGAUUGCGUGAGGAUGCAGCGGGCGAUCUGGGGCGUGCCUCGGGCAGGACCGUCCUUCUCCAGGCGUAACAUGUGAAGCCUGGGAGGAGAAACCCUUAGAAAGCUGCCGCGUCCUUUCUCCUGGCUGGAUAUAUUUGUAACGUUUUUGCGCAACAAGAGGAAAGUUUCAAAGAGGAACCGUGCCGAGGCACCGAGCUACAAAGGGUGCGGGGGGGCAAUAUCGGGCAGACAGGGAGGUGAAGCGUCGAUCAUCAAAGCGGCUCUGAUCCAAGUUCAGCCGAGCGCAGCCCGGUCCCACAGGCGAAGCGGUCCCCGGCUGCCACCAUGAUCGAGGUGUGCAUCCCGGCGCUGGAGAGGAAAGCGGACGAUUCGGGAAAGUUACAGAAGUUUUUCAGAGUGGAGAUACUGUUCAAUGGAAGGAAACAUUUUGUGCUUAAGCGUCAUAGAGAAUUCCUGAACCUCCACAAGAAGCUGAAGAAGAUCCUCCAGACUCCAGAGUUUCCCAACAAACGCAGCCCUCACUUCCGUCAGAAGCCCCUGGAGCAGAGGAGGCAGGAGCUCGAGGAAUAUGUGAAGAUGGUUCUCUCUGAGAAUGAAGAGGUUCCCCAGGAGAUGCUUGACUUUCUGCAGCUCAAACAUUUCCAUUCUGUGAACAAGAUGUCUAGUUCUGAGUGUCUGGAUGCCUCCCAUCCUGAAUCUUAUAACUGUCAGCUGUUGCAUCAGCGUGUCCUGGGCUUCUUUAAGGACCCCUACAUGCUGGAAUCCACGUCAGAUCUCCCUGAUGUCGUCGUGGAUGGCGUCCUGCAGGGACUGUAUCCCAGGGACGUCCGUGUGAGCUUCAUGCCUCCUCCCGAACCACAUCUCGCAAAGCCAUGGAGCCCCAGCAAGGGAGGUCUAGCCAAAAGCUCGAGGUCCGCAGGACUUGAAGUGGGUCAUGGAAGCAUCCGGAAUGCAGCACGUGGUCCUGCAGAGCUCAUGACCACCUUGGACUCGCAUUGAGGAUGCCACCUGUGGUGUAUUUGCAUAGCUACAUGGAGCUGACCCAGAAAAGUCACACGGUAAUAGGAGGUGUGAUAUUUUACAAGGAUAGGAUCAGUUUCCAGAAGCUGAGGAACUAUAACCAGUGUGCAGGUUUUUAAGAGUGCGUUUGUGUUUGCAGAUGCAUGCGUGCAGCUGCAGAAUCUGCAUUUUACGUCAGUUGAACCCCCUGGGCUUUUAACAGGCUUAAGUUACAAGGAACGUAAGGUUGCAUUAAAAUUUUCCACUUAGUCAUUUCAAGGAGACAUUCAUCCUGACAGCUAUCAUGGUAACCUAAGGGUGCACUUUCAACUACACUUAAAUGAAGUUAUAGUGUAACAUUGAGGGGGUUCUGUAAGGCCUACUUGUCUCGAUUUUCAUGGUACCGUCAAAGUUUGUGUGAUGUAGUGUGACUUGGCAGUAGUUUGUGACGAUAUUUCCUGGAGUGAAAUAGUAUAAACAAACCAAUGCAUAGGAAUUUCAGUGCCCCAUUUAAAUAUUGGCUGUUCUCCCCCCCCCCCUUUCAUAAAUCUUAUGUAAAUACCAAUAUUCCUUAAUCCUCCAUGGGACAUUGCAAGAAAAAGUAAUGAAAAUGCACAUUAAGAAGAUCUUUCCUGUACUGUUUCCAGAUAUCUGAUCAACAAUAACACUACGGCAACAAGC